AUGCUUGAUCAUUCCAAUGAUGAACAACAGUUCGGAAACAUGAGGGCGAAUCUCGAAGAUAUCGCUCGAUGGGAGGUGAAGACUAAUGGCAAAGCAAUUUAUGAAGCCCGGGUGGACAUCGAGUCCUCGGCCGACACUUUCGAUUUCUAUGGUGGUGUCGCUGCAGCAGUUCUUCAGGGUGAUCAAAUCGACCUACCCGGUGGUCCAACGCAGCGCUUCGCCUACACUCGUCGUGAACCGCUCGGUGUUGUCGGUUGCAUUGGAGCAUGGAAUUAUCCAUUCCAAACCUGCGUUUGGAAGGUAGCACCGGCCCUUGCUGCCGGUAACGCAGUCAUAUAUAAGCCAUCACCAUUCGCUCCAGCCUCCGCAGUACUCCUUGGAGAGAUUCUUACCGCUGCCGGGCUACCAAACGGAGUGUAUGGUGUAGUACAGGUAAAUACUGAAAAGGGCCUCUCUAUGCGUGAAUAUAUGUUUUCUUGGAAUCUCAAUUCUGUAUUCUGA